GAGACGAGGAAUCAAACGGGCGCUUUUUUCUUUCAUGGUGGAGUCAAUAUCAGAGAGAAAUUUGUAUCUAUAAACUUCAAUUUCAGCUUCCAAUUUCACUUGCCUUCCACUUUCUCUCCCUCCUCAACUUCGGUCACACUUUCCAUUUCCCAUGAGCAAGGGUUUUAUCGUUUGAAGAAGAUCAAGAAUCAACCCGACGAGGACAGAUCAUUACAAGCAUGUUUCGUACAACAGACGCCUUUGACGCCUUUGACAAACUCUAUUUGGAAGGCUUUUUUAUGCAAGUGGUAGCAUAAACAUCUUCCAAGCCAGCGAACACUGGAAUGGAUCAAAGAGGGCACGGGCAGGCGUCUGCACCAGGCGAGGUUAGAAGUACAGCUCCAGUUCCAUAUGGCAUAUCGUAUCAACCUAACCAGAUGAUGGGAGCUGCUGCUACUGGAUCACUUCCAUCUGCUGCUCAGCCAGCAGGUGUCGCUGCGUCUCAAGCUCAGCACCAACUUGCCUAUCAGCAUAUCCACCAGCAACAGCAAGAGCAACUGCAGCAGCAACUCCAGACUUUUUGGACAAAUCAGUACCAAGAAAUUGAGCAGGUAAAUGAUUUUAAGAAUCACAGCCUGCCGUUGGCUAGGAUUAAGAAGAUUAUGAAGGCAGAUGAAGAUGUAAGGAUGAUAUCAGCUGAAGCUCCAGUUAUAUUUGCUAGAGCCUGUGAGAUGUUCAUUUUGGAAUUAACAUUGCGGUCUUGGAAUCACACGGAGGAGAACAAAAGGAGGACACUCCAAAAGAAUGAUAUUGCUGCAGCAAUUACUAGGACUGAAAUUUUUGAUUUUCUAGUUGAUAUUGUGCCAAGGGAAGAUUUGAAAGAUGAAGUGUUAGCCUCAGUCCCAAGAGGGAGCCUUCCGAUUGGAGGCCCAGCUGAAGCAAUACCUUACUAUUACAUGUCACCUCAGUUUGCACCACAGGUUGCCCCUCCUGGGAUGGGUGUUGGUCAGCCUGUGGUGGAUCAAAAUCUGUAUGGCCAACAUAGUCGUCCUUAUGCUGCGCAGCCAAUUUGGCCACAGCAACAGCCGCAGCCACCUGCUGACUCUUGAGCAAACAGAGCGUUGCAGCAGUUAAGGACCUGAAGCAGAAUGGGAGUACAUUGAAUGGUCUUUAGUUUUUAUUUGGAACUUUGAAAGGUUAUUACACUUUUCUUAUGGAAGUUGCGACCUGCUUGAGGUUAAUAGUUUGUAUGCUUUUUUUUUUCUUAGCUUAUAUAGCCAAGAACGUGCACUCUGCUGUUGUAGAUAAUUCUGUCGGCUAAAAAAAUAUCAAUAUUAAGCAUGUCCUUUA